AUGCAGCAGCUGCAGAGAGCCGCUCGGACAGCAGCAGGUGGCGUCUGCAGCAGCAGCAGCAGCAGCAGGCCUUCGCAGCAAUUCCAAAGUUAUCUUUUACAAAGUUUAUCUUUUUAUUUUGCUUCAGGUCUCGCGAGGGCUUCCCUGCCUCGGGUGGCGCUGCUCUCUGCUGCUGCGCCGCAGCAGCAGCAGCAGCAGCAGCAGCAGCAGCAGCAACAAAGCGCCGCCGCUGCCUGUCCGCGUCCUUUCCCGCAACAACACCAGCACCACCACCACCACCAGCAGCAGCAGCAGCUGCUGCCCCCCCAGCAGCAGCAGCAGCAGCUGCUGCAGCAGCCCCCCCUCCCCCAGCAGCAGCAGCAGCAGCAGCAGCAGCAAAUGGCGAACCGGACGGACGCGAGUGCGUUGGCGGUGCACGGGAAGAACCCGCAGCUGCUGUUCAGCCGCAUAGUUCGUCGGAAAGUCUACGAGAGCUUCUUCUGGAAAGAAGAGUGUUUUGCUGCAACAGCAGCAACAGUGGUGGAGCUUGCUGCUGCGCUGCAGUACGUGGGGGGGACUUUCGGGGGCAUUCGCGCUGCUUCCCCCUUCCUCUGUCUUGUCCUCAAGCUGCUGCAGCUGCAGCCCGAGAAGCAGAUUAUUUUGGAGUUCAUAAAACAAGAAGACUUUAAAUAUCUGAGAGCAGUUGGGGCUUUUUAUUUCCGCCUUGUGGGGCCCAGCGCUGAGGUGUACGUACACCUGGAGCCCCUGCUGGCGGACUACCGGAAGCUGCGGCUGCGGCUGCCCGACGGGAGCUUUCGGGUGUCUUUUAUGGACGAGUUUGUGGACGACUGUUUGCGGAAAAGAAGUCUAUUUGAUGUGGAUUUGCCUCCUUUAGUGCAGCGGCAGGUUUUCGUGCUGCAGCAGCUGCUGCAGCCGCUGCGGCCCUCCGCGCUGGAGGUGGAAGCAGCAGCAGCAGCAGCAGCAGCAGCGGGCGGCGCUGCUGCAGCAGCAGCGGCGCUCACGGACGCGCAGGCACACGCGCUGCUGCUCAGCAAACGGCUGCUGCAGCAGCAGCAGCAAAAGCUGCAGCAGCGCGUGCUGCAGCAGCGGCAGCUGCAGCAGCAGCAGCAGCGCGAGAAGGAAGCAGCAAGACAGGCGCGGCUGCUCGAACGCGAAAACGCCCCCGACGACAGACGGAGGAGACCCGAAGAGCAGCAGCAAAAGGAGACACUUAAGGAGACAAAUAAGGAGACAAAUAAAGAAAUUAAUAAUAAAGAAAUUAAUAAUAAAGAUUUUAAUUAUUUCAAUAAAGAGUUCUGCAAAGAUAGCAAUAAAGCAGGCCUUCUCGAAGCCAAACGCGCACUCGGCGAACGAGCAGCAGACACCCCUGCUGCUGCUGCUGCUGCUGCUGCUGCUGCUGCGAGGGGAGACAGCUUUGCUGCUGCUGCUGCUGCUGCUGCUGCUAAGGGAGACAGAGGAGACUUCGUCAAGACAGAGAGAGGAGACAGAGGAGACAGAGGAGACAGAGAGAGAGACAGAGACAGAGGAGACAGAGAGAGAGGAGACAGGGGAGAGAAAGGAGACAGAGACAGAGGAGACAAAGGAGUUAAAGGAGACAGAGACAGAGACAGAGGAGACAGAGACAGAGGAGACAGAGACAGAGGAGACAGAGACAGAGGAGACAGAGACAGAGGAGACAGAGAGAGAGGAGACAGAGACAGAGGAGACAGAGACAGAGGAGACAGAGAGAGAGGAGACAAAGAGAGAGACAGAGAGAGAGAGAGAGGAGACAGAGGAGACAAAGAGAGGGACAGAGAGAGAGACAGAGGAGACAGAGACCGAGAGAGAGGAGACAGAGACAGAGACAGAGACAGAGACAGAGAUAGGGACAGAGGAGACAGAGACAGAGACAGAGACAGAGAUGGGGACAGAGGAGACAGAGAUAGGGACAGAGACAGAGAUAGGGACAGAGGAGACAGAGAUAGGGACAGAGACAGAGAUAGGGACAGAGAUAGGGACAGAGGAGACAGAGGAGACAGGGAGAGAGGAGACAGAGGAGACAGAGACAGAGAAGGAGACAGGGGAGGAGACAGAGACAAAGGAGACAGAGACCGAACUCGAGACAGAGACAAAGGAGACAGAGGAGACAGAGAAAAAGGAGACAGAGAAAAAGGAGACAGAGAAAAAGGAGACAGAGAAAAAGGAGACAGAGAAAGAAGAGACAGAGAAAGAAGAGACAGAGAGGAGAGGGAGAGGGAAAGGGAAAGAGUGAAAGGAGACAGAAAAAGAGACAGAGAGCUGCGAGAAAGAGACAGGGGAGACAGGGACCGCAGACGCGAGGCCAAGGCCGACAGGAGCCGCAGCAGCAGCAGCAGCAGCAGCAGCAGCAGCAGCAGCAGCAGCAGCAGCAAGCAGGCGGAGAAGCAGAGGGACGGCGAGUUGUCCGUCGCCCAGUGGAAUUCUAUUCGACAAAAUCUGGGACUUAAGCCCCUCAAGCAGUAG